CGAUGGGACUUGAGGAGGUGAUGCCAAGGAGUAGAUCUAUUACGUUGAUCUGCUGUGUAUUUUCCUCGCGUGCUGCUGACGUUUUUAUGGCACGCGCUCACGUUUUGCGCGGGACUUUGAUAUCGUUUGUUGGCUUUUAAAUGCAGGCUGGAUUGGAAACCGGCUGGCUAACUUUAGCCUAGUAAAAUACGUUGUUAUUGUAGGGCCGUUCUGGUAUUGGCUAGGAUACCAGGCAAUAGUUUAAUUUCAAGACUAUUAUUAAUUGAUUAAAGGUCACAUUCUACAUUAGUAUUCGUAUUUCAGCUGCUCUUCCCUCUCAGGGUAACAAUGUGGCACCUAGCAGACAGAGUAAAUAAUAAUAAUGCUGGGCAUUUUACUCCGGUAGAACAACCAGAGGCAGAAGAUGGUGAUCAAUUCCUCUCGUUUGCCAAGAGGUCCAAGGUUGUGCAGCGUCAGUGUUCAGAGAUGGAGACUGAGCCUAGCCCUCCCCCCACAGUCUAGCUCCUUGUCACAGAGUAGAGAACAUUUCUGGCACAGGAUUCUAUGUCAGCCAAGUGAAGUGUCUCCUGAGCCCACCACAUCAUACAGCCCAUUUCAGAUGCAGAUGUUCUCAAAUAAAUCUGAAGGACUAGUUGGCGUGGACAUGGCAGGAUCACCUCUAGAAGGACAGAGAGUUAAAAAAGGGGGAAGGCUGGGUCUAGGAAAGCUACCCUCUCCAGUGGAACUGAUGGGCCGGAAGAAGAAGGGGAGGACAGGGGGUGCAGCACAGGGCAGUCAGGUGGUGCAACCCAGGGUGGCAGCAGUGCUGCAGCACAUUGGGGACCUCCGCAGGAGACAGAGCUCUAUUGACCAGUUGAAGCGGGGGAGUUGGUGGGGCUCCAAACCCAGGUGUAAGGCAGAAGAGGGCCGUUCCCAUAGGCAAGCAGAGGACAGCAGCAUGACUUUCAGCACCACAGUGGAGAAGCAGGAUGAAGCUAUGGACUACCUCAGUCCAACCCUCACUCAUCCUUACACCCAGCAGGAGGGUCUGUUUGGAGGAUUUGAACAAGCAUCCCAUCUUGCUCCUGGAGGAAAUCCGAUGAUGUCAUUUGUCCUGGCAACUGCUGAUAGACAAGCCAAGGGGGGUUGGCAAGGCCCUCGUCUGUCCCACAAUGAAUUUUGGGGCAUUGGGCACACUCCAGAGGAAUAAUUACAUUUUUGUGACAUUUCUCCAAAGCACUUGUAGAGUUCACAUUGUAUAAGGGCUCAUAGUUUGUAUUGAUCAGAUUCAGAGUUUAAGGGAUAUGUUUUGCAAUGUUACAAUUAAUUUGUUCAGAUUUUACCGCUUAAAAAUGAUGUACAACAUUUGGUCAGUUCAUUUUAUACUGGAUAGCCAAGCAAUGAAAAAAAGUAAAUAAAUACAUAACAUUCCAGUGUGACUAGU